AUGUCCUUAAGUCCCCAAAGCAGUGUAGCUGAAACCGAGCACCAUAUUGGACACCUUGUUGACAGUGCCAUUCACGUGAAAGACAAGGCCAAAGCAAAAACAAAGCGAUUGCUUUCUCCUUCACAGCCCGAUACAUCUUCUGAUGAUGAAGGGGACAUCUUUUCUGAUGCAGCCUUCGAUCCGGCGAAAGUCCUUCAUAACUCCUCGCCAAAGAAAACCAGAUCGACAGGCGAAGCAGUCCGCGAUGAUCUCAAAAGCGUCAAGUACCUGGCCACCCACCCGCGCCGGGUAAUGCGCAGCAAGGCUGCUCACGUUGCGGCCGGGAAACUUGGAAAGCGUCACCCGGCAUUGACUGUCGACCACAACAAAGAAUUACUCGAUGCCCACGAUGCACUUGCUCAGGCAGUCUCGAGCGAUUACUCGGAAGCAGACACCAGUGCCGUCGCGUCUGAGCUGGACGAAGCCCACAACCGCGUGCGCAAGAUCGAACAGCAAAGGGAAAGCUUGCAAACAGCCUGGAUUCUAGGGCGUCAUGUUUCCCGUGUGAAAGCCGUUCGUCCAAUAUCUCGUCCCGACCGCUCCCAGUUCAGGAAUGGUGAAAGAUUCGAGUGGGAGAGAUAUCUUGGCUACAUGGCCCUCUACUACACCCGGGACUUUACGACCGGAUACAUUGACGACUUUGAUUCCCCACCGUUUGAUCUUGAAGACCUCGCGCGCAUCAUCGAACGGAUUGCCAUCACGUCGGCGCCCUGGCAGUCCUUUCUUGUCAACGUCCGACACGUCUACAUGUGGCAAUUACCCCGUCGGACGGCGAAAUGGCUGGCUCUAUAUUGCGUCCUGUGGUACACCCAACAUAUUGUGGGCUUCUUGUACUUUUACAUCAUCUACUCCACCUUGCGAAACAGGUUUCGGGAACACUCCGUGCGGACAGUGCGAGAGAGCGUGAGCAGAGCCCUUGACCGAGAAGCGCGCGUGCAAGCUUGGGGUGAGCUCAUCCAGAGACACGGGCAGCAUGACUGGCUGGAACCGUUUCUGGACGAGAUCGGCCCAAUCAUCCAGCUACAGCUCGGGGACCUGGCGAAUUUCCUCGAAAUCAUGCUGAACUUCCACCGGUGGGAACGGCCGAAUCUGACUCUGGCGAGUCUCUUCUUUUUCGCCUGCUGUCUUCUCAUCACGUUAUGUGCCGACAUGGCCUUCUGCGUCAAGCUGGUAUGGUUCGUAUUUGGUGGUGGAUUUUUUCUCACCUACCCAAUCGCCACCAACUUCCCCAAGUACAGGUUGUUAUUGUCACAAUUCAGAUGGGUGUUCUGGAACAUCCCCACGCAUGCAGAACUGGCAAUUCUGAGAUUGCAAGAAAAGGUGGCUGCAAAGGAAGAGGCAGAUUUGCGCGAGUUUGAAUUGAGGAGUGAUGACGACCAUCGAGCGGAAGAUGACGAUGACGAUCAGAGCGAGUCUCCCCCGGGAGGAGCGACACAGGAUGGUUAUACAUUCCGAGUCUACGACAAGAAUGAAGGCCGCGCUCGCCUUGUCGUCAGCAGGACAAGCCUCACGCUCUUCUACAAGAGCGGACAAAAGGACCAAACCUGGCCGUUCCGUUCCCUCACGGAGAUGCGCAAGCUCGACGGCGUCGACGUCAAUUCCAGUUCCUCGACCCUGAAGAACCUCCAGCACCUGCACUCGCAGUCCGCCGAGGCGCUGCAGUUCUUCUUUCUUGGAGAUGCAGAGUUGACGGUCCUCCUGCACCCCGUGGAUCGGGAUCGCGUCUUUAACCUAGUCCUCGCGUGGAGUGGGUUGAGAUGGCAGUGUCUGCAGAUGGAGAGGCACAAUGUGGCGGCGAGCCAGAGGAGUAAUCUGGACCGGGCCAUCAAGAGGGCGUUUCAUUGA